AUGCCCGAGCCGAGCUCAGAACCAGAAGUCAUGCUGGGCUGGAAGCAGGAAGUGCCGUGGAGAGGGGCGGGGCUCCGGCUGCAGCUCCAGGGCCCCGGCGCGCCGCCGCGUCCCGCGCCACAUGGAGCGGCGGACAGCUGGAAGAACUUCAUCCUGCAGAGCCAGGGAGUAGCAGCCUGUAACAUUAAAGUUGAGGCUCGCAGUGAUGAGGAGAAUGGGCUGGCCUGUGACAUGAAUGGCGUGGAGGAGGAGUGCGCGGAAGACUUGCGCGUGGUCGAUUCCUCGGGAGCCAAGGUGAACGGCUCCCAGCCGAGCCCUGAAGCUAAGGCCUUCUCCUUGGCUGGCGGGAUCCGGCUGCCCAACGGGAAGCUCAAGUGCGAUAUCUGUGGGAUAGUUUGCAUUGGCCCCAAUGUGUUGAUGGUGCACAAGCGAAGCCACACCGGGGAACGUCCGUUUCAGUGCAGCCAGUGCGGAGCCUCCUUCACCCAGAAGGGCAACCUGCUGCGUCACAUCAAGCUCCACUCGGGGGAGAAGCCCUUCAAGUGUCACCUGUGCAGCUACGCCUGUCGCAGGAGGGACGCCCUCACCGGCCACCUGCGCACCCACUCAGUUGGAAAGCCCCACAAGUGUGCCUACUGUGGACGGAGUUACAAGCAGCGCAGUUCUCUGGAGGAGCACAAGGAGAGGUGUCACAACUACCUGCAGUGCAUGGGACUGCAGAACAUAUACACAGUAGUAAAGGAAGAAAGCAUCCAGAAUGAACAGAGGGAAGACUUAAGCCAGACGGGAUCUGACAGAGCCCUGGUGCUAGACAGACUAGCUAAUAAUGUAGCUAAACGUAAGAGCACUAUGCCACAGAAGUUUGUGGGAGACAAGCGUCUGUCAGAUCUGUCUUAUGACGGAGGUUCUGGAGAACUGAUUCAGCCCCACGUGAUCGACCAGGCCAUUAACAGCGCCAUAAGCUACUUGGGGGCUGAAUCGCUCCGGCCUUUGGUCCAAACCUCCCCGGCCUCUUCCUCCGAUGUUGGUCUUACCUCAAUGUACCCCCUCCACAAACCGGCCACAGAAAGCCUCUCUGGUACCGGUUUGUCAGCCAAAGACAGUGCAGCUGAGAACCUGCUCCUGCUCUCCAACUCCAAGUCCGCCUCCAGUGAGAAGGACGGCUCGCCCAGCCACAGUGGCCAGGACUCUACGGACACCGAGAGCAACAAUGAGGAUCGACCGGGUGCAGCGGCCGCCGGCCUCAUCUACCUGACCAACCACAUCACCUCGGGGAUGAGGAACGGCGUGCUGCCUCUGGUGAAGGAGGAGCAGCAGAGGCAGUACGACACCAUCCGGGCCAGCAUAGAGAUGGCCUCUGAGGGUUUCAAGGUGGUGACGUCGGACGGGGAGCAGGUAAGGGCGUACCGCUGCGAACACUGCCGCGUGCUCUUCCUGGACCACGUCAUGUACACCAUCCACAUGGGCUGCCACGGCUUCAGAGACCCCUUUGAGUGCAACCUCUGCGGUCACCGGAGUCAAGAUCGAUACGAGUUUUCCUCUCACAUCACCCGAGGAGAGCAUCGUUACUAAAGGUGGCGUCUCACUGGAGAGCAACUGUUGGAGACUAGUUGGCAACUCAAAAUUUCAUAAGAAUUUAACAAAGUUUCUGUUGCAGUCUCACUGAAUUCUGAGUUUGCAAAUAAGCGACCAACAAGCUGUGUGGCAGCGUCAAGUGCCCAGUUUUUAAAAAUCACAACCUGUUUCUGUGUGCACUGAUUGCAAAACUGUAUUCUAGGCUGCGCACAUUAUUUCAUUGUCCAUCUCCGCCCACUUCAUACCACCAUUAGCCCACUUCAUACCACCAUUAGCCCACUUCAAACCACUAUUAGCCCACAUCAUACCACCAUUAGCCCACUUCGUACCACCCUUAGCCCACUUCAUACCACCAUUAGCCCACUUCAUACCACCAUUAGCCCACUUCAAACCACCCUUAGCCUACUUCAAACCACCAUUAGCCCACUUCGUACCACCAUUAGCCCACUUCGUACCACACUUAGCCUACUUCGUACCACCCUUAGCCUACUUCAUACUACCAUUAGCCCACUUCAUACCACCAUUAGCCCACUUCAUAC